GUCCUCUCCCUUUUUUAAACUGCAGCUGUGUGAAGUUCUGAAAACUCAAACCCCUCGCAGUAAGCGUGACUCAUCCGUUGGAAUUCUACUAAUAUUUUAUCACCUCCACGCGUGUAUUCCCAAGAUAAAUUUAAAGUAAUUUUCCAAACAACUUCAUUCUGCGGUUUAUACCUCCAAUCGGGAGUUCUUUUCACAGAAGAUUCGUUUUGUCAAAACCUGAACAUGUUAGACGUAGAUGCUCCAAAUCGUGAUCGUGCCGAUACGUUCAAAAUUCUGAUUGCAACUGAUAUUCAUUUGGGACACAAUGAGAAGGAUCCAGUUAGAGGAAAUGAUUCUUUUGACGCAUUUGAGGAAAUGUUACAAAUUGCACAAGAACAGGAAGUUGACUUCAUACUUUUGGGUGGUGAUUUGUUUGAUGCAAAUAAACCAACUCAAUACACUUUACAUCGAGCUGUGAAUUUAAUCAGAAAAUAUACAUUUGGAGACAAAGAUAUUGAUUUCCAAGUUCUCAACAAUGAUGCUGAUCCUGAAUUGCACAACAUGACAGAUGAAUAUGUGAAUCAAGCUGUUCCAGAUAUAAACUUUUAUGAUCCCAAUUUGAAUGUGUCUAUUCCUGUUUUCUCUAUUCAUGGAAAUCAUGAUGACCCAACUGGGAUGAAAUCAGUUUCAUCUUUAGAUACCCUUGCUUCAAUGGGUUUGGUAAACUACUUUGGCAGAUGUGACAAACUUGAUACUUUAGAAGUGCGACCACUAGUUUUGUUUAAAGGCAAUACUCAGCUUGCCUUGUAUGGUGUUGGUCAUUUAGCUGAUAAACGAUUUGUGCGUUUACAUCGUGAUGGCAAGGUAACUUUCCACCAGACCAACGUUGAUACUGCCUUCCAGAUGCUACUCCUGCAUCAAAAUCGUGCGAACAGGGGCACUUUAAACUACCUUCCCUACAAUGUGAUUCCGGAUUUUAUGGACCUGGUAAUGUGGGGUCAUGAGCACGAUUGUUACAUCGAGCCAAUGCUCACGAACGAUGUAUACUACACGCAACCGGGUAGUACGGUUGCUACAUCGUUGAGUGAUGGUGAAUCACGACCUAAACAUGUUGGCAUAUUGCAUAUCAAUCAGAAAAAGUUCUUCAUUGAGCCAAUUCCUUUGAAACGUGUCCGUGUCAUGAUUUACCGUAAUAUAUUUUUGGAUUCUGUUGAGGAUAUGCUCAGUAAAGGAGUUGCAGAGAUUGAGCUUGCCAAUUAUUGUGAGAAGGAGGUGAUCAGUGAAAUAAAGGAUAUGCUGAAGGCUGCAAAGAAAAUUAAAGACCAAAAUCGUGAAAGAUUUGGAAUUGAUAACGAUAUGCUACCAUUGAUUAGGCUUGUUGUGCAGUAUUUUGAUGACAGACAGACUUUUCACGAUAAGAAAAUGGCGUUGGUGUUUGAUGGUCAGCUUGCCAAUCCGCAAGAGAUUGUUCUACAGAAACGGCUUACUACUACUAAAUCAAAGAGAGAUCAAACCGAUGGGCUCAACAUUGACGAUGAUUAUUUAGAAGAGACAGAUAGAAAAGAUGUGCUCACUUUUCUUCAACGCGAAUUAGAACAGGGUUUUGCCGAGGCAGAGAUUUUCACUGCGACUGGUGCGCAUGAAGCAGCAAGCAGGUUUGCUAAUUGCAGUGAUACACAUGCAUUUAGCGACUAUAUCGAUUAUUGCAAGAAGAAGGUGCUCUCCGAAUUAGAAAACGUACUGCCUGCAGACGAUUGUGAUAGUGAUCAAGAAAUCCGAAGGAAAAUUGAGGAACACCAAGCACGUCGCCGCAUUGUCAAUGAAGCGAAGGAAGUGCGGAAUUUGUUGACUAACCCUGCACGUAAUAAAAUUGUGCGGAAUGAUGAUGUGAUGGAUGUACUUGACUUCGAUGAUGAACCCGAAGUUCCCAUAAGGCCGAAAAGUGGUAAAGGUUCUCGAGGGGGAAAAGUAGGUGGAAAAGGAAAAGGAAAAUAAAGAGAACCUAAACUCUGCA